CAAUAUUCUAGGUGUUUUCCACAAUGCACACUCUGCUAAUUCUAGCCUGUCUACUUACAUUUCUACAAGAAGUGUCCUCAUUAACAUGUUAUCAAUGUGAGAGUAGCAGUGGACUCGCUUGCACUGGUUAUCUUGCAACAUGUGUGUCCUCUGCAAAAAGGUGUAUAUCGAUUUCUGAAGAGAGAUAUGCUUCAGGUGUAAGAUCUCUCAGAUUUGCACGAGGAUGCGGAACAACGAGCCAAUGUGAUAUGUCUGGGACAGUUAGUUUGUUAGACAGAAUUUAUAGAACAUCUUCUACUUGUUGCAAAGACAGUAUGUGUACGCCUCCAUUUCCAGUCUUACCGCCAUACGAUAAUUCAUAUUUGAACGGGAGGACUUGUCCAUCAUGUGUGUCCUUUAUGGAAACAGACUGUAAUUCAGGUUUAUACAAGAACUGUACUGGGUCAGAGACGUAUUGUCUCUAUGAAUCUGUGAAGAUAACAGGUGGACAGAAUACUAUUAAAACAGCACUACGAGGCUGUGCCACAAAAAGCAUGUGCGAUCUCGGAGACCGAACUACAAAAAAUAAUGGAAUAACAACAACCGUAAAAGUUUCCUGCCGCAGUGGAUCAGCUGAAACGCUCUAUUCAUCCUUAUUUCUCUGGGGGAUUGCUAUCAUUCGUUUGAUAUGAAUUAAUCUGUCUCAAUAGACCUGCUUUAAAGAAAUAAUAGAUAAUAAAGAUGAAGCGAAAGUUAAGAA